GUCACUGUGAAAAUAAUUCGGUGGACGGGUGCAAUGAGCAAUCCAAUUUGAAAUAAAUAAAAUAAACGAGGACUUCUAUUGUAUUUCUAUUAUGCUUUCAAACUUAAGAUAGCGAAAUGGUCGUGUGUAAAUUUUUCCAGGCAGGAUACUGCCGUUAUGGCAAGAACUGUAGAUUUGAACAUAUCUACGGAUCCAAGUACACAUACCAUGCAAAUCCAGUAGCUCAAGCCUCCCAGCCUGCACCAGCUCAGAUGCAGCAGGCGGCCGGCGUCACAGAUGAACAGCUAGUCAAGCAAGUGCAGUCUGACAUACAAGCAGCCCUCCAGGGAGGACAGUGGAUCCUCUCAUGUUACUCACCCUUCAAAGAAAAACCCAUAUUUCCAGGAAUUUCAGACCUGUCUCCGGAGGAAGCCAGGCUGUUCAUAUAUGAGGCAAAAAACACAAAUAAUAUUGAUCAAGCUGUCAUGUACUUCAACAAUCUGGUAAAAGAGGCUAGACAAAAAUAUGAACAACUGCUACAACCUAACCUCAACACUAUUAAGAUUUUAAGAAGCCUCUACAAAGGAGAGACAGCUUCCUCACCAUUCUCAAACGAACCACAGAAUGUGUUCAGCAAUGCCAACAAUGCAGCAGCUUCUAUAUUCCGCAGUGCUGUCCAGGCAGCUCCUGUGCCAAAUCAAAGUGCUCAGUCAAUAUUUGGCCAAGCGCAAAAUAGCAUUUUCAAUCAGCAACCACCAGAUCCAGCAAAGCAAUUGUUUGCACAAGCUAAUCAACCUGGUUUUGGUCAAAGCCCGCCUUCCAGAAACAUAUUUGGUCCACAAAAUCCAACUGUUGAUCCUAAAUCAAUAUUUGCUGCAGCAGCUCAGAAUAAUUUUAAUCAGACAAAUCCGAGUAACCCAACUGAUAUAUUUGCUCAAGCGAAUCAAAAUAUUUUUGCUAGAGAACCGAGUCAAAAUACUUCUCCAUUUAGUCAGGGGAAUGUUUUCCAGCCUGCUCCAAAUCCUGCAUCAAUAUUUGGGCAAGCAACCAACAAACUAGAGAUGGAAGAUGAUCCUGGUGUUUAUAGUAAGAUGGAAGAGUUGUCUGAUGUAGACCUGCAGGCGUUCAAGAGUAAUACUUUUCAGUUAGGUUUCAUUCCUGAGCUGCCUCCACCGCAUGAGAUGUGUACUGGACAACAGUUGUUUUCAUAAAACUACUGAGUAUUAUAGCUUUGUUUCAAAAGUUGUAAAUAUUAAUCUUGUUUGUAUUUAAAUUCCUUGUGUGGCUAUAUUUGUGAAUGUUAAGUUACUGAACAUUUUGUAUGUAAUUUGUCCGUUUGUUAAUAGAACCAAAACAAUUGAUUCAAUCAAAGCAUUCCCUGGUCACAAUAACAUUUUUAACAAUAAAUUAGUUUUUCUCAGAAUUAAGAUUUUCUUAACAAUGUUUCUUACUGCAACAUGGACUCAAUGGACUGACUAUUUAUAACUCUUCAAAUAAUUGUUGAUGUAUAAUAAUGUUACCUUUAUUUGUGUUUUCUAUGUGAUAAAUAAGCAAUAAGGCAAUAAGUAAAAAAUGAUUUUAAUUA